AUGAGAGUGAAAGUAUUGUCACGAAAUCCAAGGGAUUACCAGCGUGAGACAAAAAAUGAUAUUUACAAAGCACCGCGAAACUUUAAUUUACCGGAGGAUCCGUUUCAAGUUCAAGUAGAGUAUACACGAGCGGUCAAUGCUGCUAAACUAAACAGGGUCUUUGCAAAACCAUUCAUUUCAAGUCUGGACGGUCACAAUGAUGGCGUUUCAGUGCUUUGUAAGCAUCCUCUCAGAUUGUCAACAAUUUUGUCUGGUGGUCGAGAUGGUCAGAUACGGAUAUGGAAUUUGCCGUUACAUAAAUGUCUGGCAACGAUACAAGCGCAUAGUGGGCCUGUUAAUGGGAUCUCGUGUGAUAAUCUUUCGGGUGAAACUGUUAUAACUGUUGGACACGACUCACAGCUAAAACACUGGCGAUGUCCCGAUCCGGUUGAAGGCGAUCUCUCAGAACCUAUACAUUCGAUACCCCUUAAUGGUGUUGCUCAUUCCGUGUCACAUGUUGUGAAUAGUACUGACUACGUCACAUGUGGCGAGGGUAUCCAUGUAUGGAAUAAAUUAAGGGACUCUCCAAUCCGAAUAUAUAACUUGGGCGUUGAUUCAGUUUACACAGUCAAAUGUAAUCCUGUCGAACCAGAGAUUAUAGUCGGUUGUGGUAGUGAUCGGACGAUUGUAUUAUUGGAUACAAGACAGAAAUGUCCAUUAAAAAAAGUGACAAUGAAAUUGCGUCCAAAUGCGAUAAGCUGGAAUCCAAUGGAAGCUUUUACAUUCACUGCCGCAAACGAAGACUACAACUUAUAUACUUUUGAUAUUCGAAAACUGACUGAUCCUCGGCGCGUAUACAAAGGUCAUACAAAUGCAGUGAUGGAUGUCGACUACUCACCGACAGGAACUGAAUUUGUUUCUGGAAGCUACGAUCGUUCAUUAAGAAUAUUUCCCGUGGAGUCAUUUAGCAGCCGGGAAAUAUAUCACACGAAGCGAAUGCAGCAAGUCCUUUCUGUGCUGUGGUCACUAGAUAAUAAGUUCGUGCUGUCUGGCUCUGAUGAAAUGAACAUUCGCUUAUGGAAAGCAAAUGCAAGUGAAAAAUUAGGCCCACUACACCGACGUGAACGUGCAACACUUAAUUACAAUGCGCGACUGUUGGAAGUAUAUGGUGAACACCCUGAAGUUAGGCGAAUUGUGAAGCGUCGUUUCGUUCCGAGAUCAAUUUACACUGCUACAAAAGAGCAUAAGGCAAUAAAUUUAUCGCAGCGGCGCAAGGAAGAAAAUAGAAGAAAGCAUUCGAAACCUGGUGCUGUUCCAUAUAUCCCGGAACACUUGAAACAUAUGGCAAAAGAAUUUACGGCAUCGUGA